AUGCCGACCACGACAGUCGCGCCUGUCACGCUCGGCCAGCCCCAGGAGGAGUACCAGCAGCCCGGCUCUUCCUCGUCGUCGUCGACGCCGCCUUCGCCCUCGUCUCGCCGUGGCGUCCUCGGAGCAGCUCGCUCGGUCGUCUCGACGACGCUCUCGAUGGCUCAAGCUGCCCUCGCCGACACGGCGCCCGUCGAGGCGGCGCACCACGCGGCGCACGAGAGCAAGCACGCGUUCUACUCGCUCCUCGACUCGCUCAAGGAGAACACGCUCGCCAAGGACGCCAUCGGCAUGAUUCAGGUCGGGCAGAGCCAAGUCGCCGGUCUCGACGACCGCAAGUUCCUCCUCGAGGAGAUCGUCACGGUCCUCGCCAAGCUGCCGCCGGGUGCGCCGAUCGGGACGACCGUCACCAACGCCCUCCUGCGCGUCCUGUGGGACGACAUCCCCAAGCCGCCGGCGACCCUCGUCGGCGACUACCGCUACCGCGAGGCCGACGGCAGCAAGAACAACAUCUUCCUCCACGACCUCGGCAAGGCGCGCAUGCCGUACGCGCGGAGCGUCCCCAACCUGCACGCGUUCCCGGCUCAGCUCCCCGACCACGGCGUCGUGUGGGACUCGCUCCUCAAGCGCGACAAGUUCGUCCCCCACCCGUCGGGCAUCUCGUCGCUCCUGUUCGGCUUCGCGCAGCUCAUCGUGCACUCGAUCUUCCAGACGGACCCGCGCAACGGCGAGGUCAACGAGGCGUCGAGCUACCUCGACCUGAGCCCGAUCUACGGCAACAACGCGGCCGAGCAGGCGACGGUGCGCUCGGGCGUCCAGGGCCUCCUGCACCCGGACGCGGUCGCCAACAAGCGCAUCUUCCUCGUGUCGCCGAGCUGCGUCGCGCUCGCCAUCCUGUUCUCGCGCAACCACAACGACAUCGCGCAGCGCCUGUUUGCCGUCAACGAGCAGGGCCGGUACGCCGAGUGGGACUCGCUCGACGACGAGGCCAAGAAGCGCCAGGACAACGACCUGUUCAACACGGCGCGCAACGUCAACUGCGGGCACUUUGUCAACGUCAUCUUCCAGGACUACAUCCGCGUCAUCUUGAACCUCAACAAGACCGACUCGACCUGGUCGCUCGUGCCGACAGGCGAGAUCAAGUCGCUCCUCGGCGGCCGGCUCGCUCGCGGCGAGGGCAACCACGUCUCGGUCGAGUUCAACAUCCUGUACCGCUGGCACGCCUCGUCGAGUGAGAAGGACACCGAGUGGCUCGAGGGCCUCAUGCGCCAGUACAACGGCGGCAAGCCCUUCUCCGAGAUGACGACCGAGGACUUCCAGGUCGCGGCGCGCAAGGCGCUCGACGACAUGAAGGGCGGGCCCGAGACGUGGACCUUCCUCGGCCUCAAGCGCACCGAGUCGGGCGCUUUCCGCGACGAGGACAUCGUCAAGGUCCUCCUCGAGGCGACCGACAACGUCGCGUCGGCGUUCAAGGCUCGUGCGAUCCCGGAGGUCAUGCGCGCGAUCGACCUGCUCGGCAUGGAGGCGGCGCGCAAGACGUGGCGCUGCUGCUCGAUGAACGAGUUCCGCGAGUUCCUCGGCCUCAAGAAGUACUCGUCGUUCGAGGAGUGGAACCCGGACAAGGACGUGGCGCGCGCCGCCGAGAAGCUGUACCAGCACGUCGACCACCUCGAGCUGUACCCGGGCCUCAUGGCCGAGGAGCCAAAGCCCUCGAUGAACGGCUCUGGCCUCGCUCCCGGCUACUCGAUCUCGCGCGCCAUCCUGUCGGACGCCGCCGCCCUCGUUCGCGGUGAUCGCUUCUUCACGACCGACUACAACGCGGGCAACCUCACGUCGGCCAUGUGGGAAGACCUCAAGCCCGAGCUCGACAACGGCUCGUUCGGCGGCGUCAUCGGCAAGCUCCUCAUGCGCCACUUCUCGGCCCACUUCACCUACAACUCGAUCUAUGCCCUCUUCCCGUUCUCGACGCCGCACACGACCAAGGCCAACCUCGAGCACCUCGGCAUCGCGUCCGAGUACGACUACCGUCGCCCGUCGACCCCUCCCGCGUGGAAGCGCCUCACGUCGUACGCCGACCUCAAGCAGGUCCUCGAUGACAAGGGCCAGCGGCUGUCGAGCGUGUACGGCCCUGCGCUCGACGAGCUCACGCAGGCCAAGCAGCCGUCGAUCCUGAGCUACCUGCGCCUCGGCGACUCGUCCAAGGGCCGCGACUCGGCGGCCGACAUCCUCGAGCUCGCCCUGUUCCCGCCUCACUGGGCGCAGACGGCGCUCGUCGACCUCGGCGACGUCACCAAGCGCACGCUCGAGGAGCACAAGUUUGCGUACGGCAAGGACAAGUUCCGCAUCGACGUCGUCGGCGACGUUGCCGUGCCCGUCGUCGUCGAGUACCUCGCCGACCUGUUCGGGAUCCCGCUCAAGUCCAAGUCGAACCCGCUCGGCCUGUUCACGGUCGACGGCCUGUACGACGCCCUGACCGACUUGUACGCGUUCGUCUACCUCGACUUUGACCCGACCGUCGCCUUCAAGCUGCGCGACCGCGCGCGCAAGCACAGCGAGCUCCUGCGCGGCAUCAUCCUCAUGCGCCUCGGCCAGACCGAGUUCAUCCCGGACCUCGCCGGCGACCUCCUGCGCGACUUCAAGCGCGUCCUGACGGGCAAGGGCUCGGGCGGCUACGUCCUGUCGGACCGCUCGCGCAAGCUGUACAAGCGCACGACGCAGAGCGACCGUCCGAUCGACGAGCUCGCCGGCGUGCUCCUCACGGCCCUCAUCCGCCUCGUCCAGGUCGUGCCUCAGGUCGCCAACGUCGUCGACUUCUUCCUCGAGCCGUCGCGCCACAAGGACCUGCAGCACGUGUGCCACGCCGCUCAGCAGCAGGUCGGCAUGGCCAACGACUCGCUCAUCAUCAAGUACGUCCUCGAGGCGAUGCGCCUGCAGCCCUCGGUCACGGGCAUCGCGCGCCGCGUCAAGGGCGACGCCGACAAGAAGCCGAACGAGCUCCUCUGGGUCGACCUCGUCUCGUGCGGCCGAGACGACAAGGUGUUUUCCGAGCCCGACAAGGUCGACGUCACGCGCGACGCCAAGCUGUACCAGCCCCUCGACAAGGCCACGUCGGUCGUCAACCAAGAAGGCGAGUCGUACAACGUCCCGCUCGUGUCGGGCAUCGUCCGCGAGCUCCUGACGGUCAACUCGCCGUCGCGCCCGUCGGGCUCCGAGGGCCAGCUCGGCGUCGUCGAGGGCCCGCUCGGCCUGCGCGUGUACGCGCGCGACGAGACGAGGCAGCGCCCGAGGGCCUUUCCCGGCCGCAUGAUCGUCGCGUUCGAGGGCGUCAAGGGCAAGCGCUGA